AUGCCUGCUACACGCUCGUCCAGUCAACAACGCACUCGUCCUCGCGAAAAUGAACCAUACGCGUCAGCUUCACGAGCCCUACCCAGCCGAUCGAAGCCAAAGUCAAGUGUGGCUACUAUACCUGAAGUCAUCGUUCUGUCUUCGGAUGAUGAUGAUGACCGACCGACCAUAAUUGGCUCAUCAUCAAGAUCUAAAAGGAAGCUUUCAAAGAAGCCGUUUUCGACGGGUGAGGUCUUGGAGAUAUCGUCUUCGUCGGAUGAAGGACCAAUACUUUCCAAAGCUCCGGGAAAUGGAUCCGAAAGCUCGUCUUGGCAGCGGGAGAAUUCGAAAUUGAAACAUACAAACGAGAAACUAGAGCAGCAACUCGCCGACCAGCGCACACAACUUGACGCUUCAAGGAAGCGUCUCAAGGAGCAAAGUGAAGAACUUGCCGCGCGAUUACAAGAGAUCAAUGCUGGACGCAAGGAGAUCGAAUUGCAGCAGGAGAAGCUUGAUGCUUUGCAAGCAAAAGAGGCUACCAAGUUGGAGGAGUUGCUGUCUUGUGACAUAUGCGCACAUUUGAUGUAUUCUCCGUACAUACUUCUUGACUGCGGUCAUUGUUAUUGCGAGGGAUGCCUCAAGGGCUGGUUCGACGAAACGCUCACCAAACAUAUCCGCGAACAUCCCGCAUACAAUAUGGACCGCGAACCCAUGCCUCGAAAUUUCCCCCAACUUCUUCAGACCCUUGGUCCAUACGUCUCGCGUCCAAUUCAGACGCAACUUCAAGCCAUGUAUAAUACUUCUCGACAACAGCAGCCGGUGUAUACUUGUCCGGGAUGUCGGAAGGAGGUCACCGGAAAACCAGUCAUCAACUAUGUAGUCAAGGACAUGGUUUCCAACGUCGGAAACGUUCUUGGGCAACCCGACACUCGCCGGGAGAAUAUUGGUCGUGGCCAGCGGACGGGUCCCUUUGACGGAUUUUUCCCUCAUAAUUAG